GGGUAAAAGCUCCCACGUCUUCGAAAAGGGGGGGAGCUCAAGUAUUUUGACGUGGGUGUAUUAUGCGUAUUAAAUAAUCAAACGAAUGUCAAUGCCUAUUUUCUUCGAUUACUUUUGGUUUCUUCUAACGAAGAUUUAUCAUUGUAGAUUUGAUAUUUGAAAUAUUCGUUGGUGGCACCCGAAGCGCCUUCUCUUGCAACCAGCCUUAAUGACGUGAGAAACGAGGUUAGAAAUGCCCUCGAUUUGUUAAUCGGGGAAAAAUAAUACAUUUCUCAUGCUCGACAGAGUGGAAUAUAAACAGCGCGUCCAAUCAAAAUAUUAAAAUGCCAUUCAAAUUUCAUCUAAAGAAAAGUAGACAAUACAAUGUGGUGUCGAAGAAUCAGUAUGUGAUCUGUGUCGAGCUUUUAGAUACCACGUCCAUCGAAUGUACAUUGAGUAUUGACAGUUUAGGCCAAGAGUGUCUUGACAAUGUGACCCAACGCCUAGGUUUGGGUCAGCCAGAAUUCUUUGGACUUCGUUAUAUAUCUCAACAUGAUUCCCCAUCGCCAAGAUGGGUGGACAUGGACAAACCGUUGAAGAAACAACUUGAGAAAGAGGCAAAAAAUUUUAGUCUGUAUUUAAGGAUCAUGUACUAUGUUACGGAUGUGCAACUUAUUCAAGAUGAGAUGACUAGGUACCAUUAUUACUUACAACUGAAGAGCGACGUAUUGGAAGGAAGAUUCCCUUGUAACUCUAGGCAAGCUACUCUUUUAGCUAGUUAUUCAAUGCAAGCAGAAUUUGGUAACUACGAUGCGGAAAGACACACAAUGGAGUGCCUACAGCAGUGCACGCUAUUUCCUAAAGAUGCCAUUCAGGCAGAACCAGGUGGUCUAGAGUCUCAAUUACACACUGCAGUGUGUCAAUACAAGAAUCUGCUUGGAGUUACGCAAGCUGCAUCAGAGGAAUUGUACAUAUCUACUGUCAUGCAGUUAGAAGGAUAUGGCAAUGAAACAUUUUCCACCAAGGACAAUGGCAAUAAUGAAGUGAUACUAGGAAUUUCCAUAAACGGAAUUAUGGUCGUCUAUCCAAGUACACAGACAACACAGUUCUAUAGGUGGAAAGACAUAAGCAACGUAAUAAAUCACAAGAAAACGUUCAGAAUAGAGUGUCAGGCAGAGGGUGAAGAAGCAAAGCAGUUUGUAUUUAGCGAAUCUCGCAAUGCCAAAUACGUGUGGCGUUUGUGCAUAGCACAGCAUACAUUUUACAUGCAGCAUCAGGAAUCGCGUCCUUUGGAAAGACCAACUAAUGGGUAUUUUGACAGCGACACAAAUGACUCAGGCGACCAUGCUGUGUCUGUGAAUAUGGAUACAAGGAAUGCGGAAGGUCACACGCGAUGGACAAGCUACAACGACCUAUCGACAUCGCCGUAUCCUCCAGUGGUGUCUGUAUCAUCCACGGACAUCAACAACUUACGUGCCUUACUCCCAUCGUACAGACCUGCGCCAGAUUACGAGACCGCGGUUCAAAUGAAAUACAACAACGGGGAAAACCCUCCUCAGCCUUAUUACGCUAAUCAGUCCACGAUCGUCGGUGCUGAUCUUUCGUGCCUUCUCGGUAAUGUUGUUAACCGAAGUAGAUAUUAAACAUUUAUAAAGUUAAAGAUGGAGAAGGUUGUGUAGAAUGAAAAUAAUUGGACUAACAAGGAGACAUCGUGAAUAUCUGGUCAUAGGCAAUGAUCCCGAGUCCCUUGUCAGUGUUGAAAGUGCUUUCAAGGUUCAGUAUUCUCUAACAAUCAUUCACACAUAUACACUUUGUAAACGUUAUAGGAUAUCCGAUGGAGAUUAAAUAGCAAAGACUGACACGCACAACUUCACCCACUCUCUGUUCUCUCAUUGUGAGUCUAAAGUUAUACUAUUUCUAUAUAGUAUGUAUCUAAAAAUGUAUCUCAAUGGUUCUUUAACGUUAUAAUGUUAUAAUUUAUGUUGUAUUCGCAUAGGACUGUAUUGUAUAUACACAUUGAGCCUAUUUUUUUAAUGUGUCCGUUUAGGAAACUGUAUUUAUUGUUGGAACAAAAAUAAAAUUCGCAAUUAUCAACCCUUUAA